AGUUCAUCUUCUUCUCUCUUCCUCUCUUCCUCUCUCUUCCUCGUCAUCCAUCUUCCGCCAUGAAGCUUAUGAAAAUCAACAGCCUCAGUCCCAAGCGCCUCUUCCGCUCCAAGAAGGACCGCUCCGCCGUCUCCCGCUCCGACCCUCCCUCCUUCGGCUCCGGAACCGCGUCCUCUUCCUCCUCCGAUUCCCUCCACAAGCCUGGUGGUCCUGCCGCCACUCCGACCAGCGUCCUGCCGGGGGACUGGUCGGAGUUCUCUUCUGUCGACAUGGCGCAGGCCUUUAGGCUGAUCGACAGAGACAACGACGGAGUGGUCUCGAGAACAGAGCUGGAGGCUCUGCUGAAGCGGCUGCUGGGGGCGGAGCCGCCGACCCAGGAGGAGGUGGCGAUGAUGCUGAGCGAGGUCGACGGCGACGGCGACGGCUGCAUACCCCUGGAGGCUCUUUUACACCGGUUCGGACCGGGUUGCGAGCCGGCGGCCGACUCGGAGCUGCGGGAGGCGUUUGAGGUGUUCGACACGGAUCACGACGGGAAGAUAUCCGCGGAGGAGCUGUUGAGCGUGUUCACGGCGAUAGGGGACGAACGGUGCACGUUAGAGGAGUGCCGGCGCAUGAUUGCGGAGGUCGAUAAGAACGGGGACGGCUUCGUCUGCUUUCAGGACUUUGCUCGUAUGAUGGACCUGCAGCGAUGAACUACACUCUUUCUCUUUGUAUUUAUUUUUGGAAUCCUAUAAAAAAAAUGGAGGAAAUGAUCAGAGAAUCAGACGGUGUUAGUGUUCAUAAUUUGCGUUUCAGAUAAGAUGUGGUUGAUUUUCUGCACAUGAUGUUCUUUUCCGGUGAAUUGGGUCAUGUUUCUGUUCUUUUCUUCUGUCCUCCAUUUUCGUGGGUGGAGGAAUAUAAUAUAAUAUAUGAU